AUGGUAUAUAUAUCAAAUGAAUUGAUACAUAAUAGAAAGACUUUACCAAUAUAUAUGAGAAAUAUUCAUUUUGUCUUAAUGCCAAUUGUAAAUCCCGAUGGGUAUACAUAUUCAUAUGAAAACGAUAGGCUAUGGAGGAAAAAUCGAGUUGAAACGUCUAACAACAGUUGUAUAGGAAUAGAUUUGAACCGUAACUGGAAUUUUGAUUGGUACAGUGAAAACUCUGGUGAAAACUGUUGCUCAGCAUGUUACCAAGGACCAACUCCAAACUCAGAAUUAGAAAUAAAAGCAAUCAUUCAGUUUAUCUUAAAUAAAUUGACUAAAAUAAAGGGGUUUAUAACAUUACACUCAUACGGACAAGCUAUUGUAUUUCCUUGGGCAUACACUAGAGAUCAUAUAAAAGACUAUGAAAAACUUCAGAACAUAGCUACAUCCAUGUCAUUAAAAAUAUUUAAAAAAACUUCAAACAUCUAUACUGUUGGUCCAGCAAGUACAGUGUUAUAUAGAGCAUCAGGAACGUCAAUAGAUUGGAUGAAAGGUAUAGCAAAUAUUAGAUAUGUAUUUGCAUUGGAAUUAAGAGAUACUGGUGCCAAUGGUUUUAUUUUGCCUACUUGUGAAAUAAUACCAACAGGUCAAGAAGCAUUCUGUGCUGUUUCUGUACUAGCUAAAAUUGUUGAAUCUGAUAACCAAUCAAAAGGAACAUUUUGUAGGUCCACGCAUUCUUUGUUUAGUAUUAUAUUAAUAAUUUUUUAUUUCAAUUAA